GGGAAACGAAGCAAAGGUCUUGGGUAGAACAAUCCUGAAAAUACGUUAACUACACAGAGGAAACAAGAACAGAAACUUAAGUGUUUUGCAUAGAAAAGAGGAUUAAUGGCAUCAGACGAACGUUGAACUGUUAUUGAUAUUAUGAAUUAACAAGAGGACCCUUAAAACAUCCACGUGCCCUCGUCGCUGUUUGAUUCCACCACUCUGUUUGGAAAGCAUGAGUUUUGGUUAAAGGAAUUGAGAUCCACGAAUCUUUCACAAUGAACUGUUCAGACGCGAAAACCGAAAUUCUACGGAUAAUAGCCCAGGUAGAGCCUCAGGAGUUACCCAAGUUAAUCGACUGGAUGAAGAACUCAGAUGACUUGGAUGACUGUUUAAUCGACAAUCAAAAAGUGAUACUUCAGAGUAUUGCAGAGGACCUCAGAACCUGUCUCCCUCUGGAGGCUGUGUUUUCCUCAGAGACACUGGCAAUUCAGAAGACUCAACAGAAUCCCAGGCCUACUAUUCACGUUGAUGCAUUCCUGUAUGACGAUGAAGCUGUGGAUUUGCUCUGUGAGGAGGGCAAGAUGAGUAGACACUACUGCCUUGGCUGUAGCUCCCAAAGGACAGCUCCUCUUGAAUUUAUAUCCCACUCUUUCUCCAUUUUGGAGCUCAAGUUUCUGUUUCAUCAUGUUCUUCCGGAUCUAUCUGGGAAAGUUUUGGUGGAUGUGGGCUCAAGGCUUGGAGCUGUACUUUAUGGGGGUUAUCUGUACAGCUCAGCUUCAAGGCUGGUGGGAGUGGAGAUUAGUGCGGAAUUUGUUCAGCUCCAAUCAAUGGCAGUAGAGAAGUAUGGAUUCAGUGAUAGAAUUCAGGUUAUCCAUGCCAAUAUCUGCUCUCAAGCAGCACUUCUCAAAGAAGCUGAUGUUCUCAUUAUGAACAAUGUGUUUGAAUAUUUUUUGGACCUCAAUGGGCAAAUGAUAGCAUGGCAGAGUAUUUGUCAGAAUUUCUGUAAGAAAAAUAGUCUGUUGGUGACUGUUCCAAGUAUUCAAGAAGCUCUUACUAAACUCAAGGGAAAUUGUGGGGUGGUUGAUGUUAGCCAGUGGAUUGAGGAAAUUCCUGUCAAUUGUGAUGCGUACCUCAGCAAAGAUUGCGAUCCAGAUUCAUUCAAACAAAUUCACCUCUAUAAAGUGCUUUGACAUACGUCAUUUUGCCAUGUGACUCACUUCCUUUCACACACUUGCAUACUCAGACACGUGCACAUUCACAAAAGACUCCAAAAAAGACAUAGACUCUUUUAAGAUUGCAAAUGGGAGUGAACCUCCCAAACAACACAUAAUACAAUUAGAUUAUUGUCAUAACUAACAGUGUAAAUAACUUACAGCGUAAAUACCUUGUGUACUCUAUAUGGUAUGUUUAUAACUUAAAUUGUCCUGGUUUGUUACUACACCCAAAAUCUGUAAUUUCUAUAUUCUUUACUAUCUAUACUGUCCUAUACUCCUUCCAAUGCUUUUAUAUAACACUGAAAGCCAAUACAAAAUAAUAAAUUAUAUUCUUAA